UGGAGGGAACGCAACGUUGGUGUGCAUCAGUAUUUGUGACAGAGUGGAACCGCAUUGCACGAGAGACGGCACAUUUUUCAUUCGUUUCGACAUUCUGCACGGAACAACAUUUCAUACGCCGCGCGCUAAUACACACACAUACGACUCGACACACACGAGAAGAAGAAGAAGAGAAUAAAAAAAAAAAGUUGUGUUGGACAGUAGCUUAUAGUUCAGUGAGAGAGGAAAAAAAACGGCGAGUUCUUUUACGUUUAAUAUUUUAUACGGAGAACAAUGGCGGCAGAGCAAGCUGAUUUCAGUCAAAUAUUAAAUUCAUUGUUAUCCGUUGACAAUGCACUCAGACAAAGUGCUGAGGAGCAAUAUAACAAUCUUCCAGUUGACGUCAAGGUGACUCAAUUGCUGACUGCAUUGCACGCGAACACCUUAAAAGAAGAAGUACGGCAUAUGGCUGCUGUUAUUCUUCGACGACUAUUUGCAUCGGAAUUUCAAGAGUUUUACACAGCUUUACCAGUUGAGCAGCAAGCUCAAUUCCGCCAACAAAUUCUGUUGGCCGUACAACAAGAUGUGAGUCCAGAGCUUCGUCGAAAAAUUUGUGAAGUAGUUGCGGAAGUGUCACGGAAUUUAAUCGAUGACGAUGGAAACAAUUCAUGGACGGAAAUCUUGAAUUUUCUAUUCCAAUGCGCCAAUUCGCCAAAUGUUCAGCUGCAGGAGGCGGCGCUUCGCAUUUUUACCGGAGUACCAGGCAUUUUUGGCAACUUAGAAUCACAAUAUAUGGAGUUAAUCAAACAAAUGCUUACAAAGUCAAUGGAUCCUAGUUCAAGUCCAGAGGUGCAAUUUCAAGCUGUUUGUGCUGUCGGCGCCUUUAUCAAUCGGCAUGCAAAAGACAAUGAUGUGUUGAAGCAUUUCGCUGAUUUAUUGCCACGUAUCAUUUUCAUCACAGCCGAAAGCAUCAAAGCUGAAGAUGAUCAAACAUUAUUGAAAUUAUUGAUCGAGUUGGCUGAAAAUUGUCCGAAAUUUUUGCGAUCACAAAUCGAAUUCAUUUUCGACAUGUGCAUCAAAGUAUUCAGCAAUCCAGAGGUGGAGGACUCAUGGCGACACCUUGCACUCGAAUUGAUUGUUUCGUUCUCGGAAAAUGCACCAGCCAUGGUGCGCAAACAUGCCGGUAAAUACAUCGAAGUAUUGAUUCCGGCCGUAUUGGGAAUGAUGACAGACAUCGAGCACGAUGACAAUUGGUCCGUUUCCGAUGAAAUCAAUGACGAAGACAACAGCGAUAACAAUUGCAUGGCCGAAUCGGCAUUGGAUCGCUUGGCUUGUGGUUUGGGUGGUAAAACCGUGUUGCCACACAUCAUCAAGAUCAUUCCACAGAUGCUCAGUCAUUCCGAUUGGAAGCAACGCUAUGCCGCAUUGAUGGCAAUCUCAGCCGUUGGCGAAGGAUCACACAAGCAAAUGGAACAGAUGCUCGACGAUAUUAUGCGUGGUGUUUUGAAUUACUUGGCCGAUCCACAUCCUCGCGUUCGUUACGCUGCCUGUAAUGCGAUUGGACAAAUGUCAACCGAUUUUGCUCCGAUAUUCGAGAAGAAGUUCCACGAACAAGUUGUUCCUGGUCUAUUAAAUUUGCUCGGCGAUGUGGCCAAUCCACGUGUGCAAGCCCAUGCCGGUGCAGCCCUUGUUAAUUUUAGCGAAGAUUGCCCCAAGGUCAUUCUCACCAAAUACUUGGAUGACAUCAUGAAGAAACUCGAAGGCAUUUUGAACGAUAAAUUCAAGCAAUUGGUUGAAACAGGAACCAAACUCGUUUUGGAACAGAUUGUAACCACGAUCGCAUCGGUUGCCGAUACAGUGGAGAAAGACUUUAUUCCGUAUUACGAUCGCUUCAUGCCAUGCCUCAAGUACAUUAUUGAGCACGGUACAACUGAGGAGUUGCGAAUGUUGCGCGGCAAGACCAUCGAAUGUGUCAGUUUGAUUGGAUUGUCCGUUGGUCGCGAUGUCUUUUUAAAUGACGCAAACGCCGUCAUGGAAUUGCUUUUGAAAACCCAUACCGAAGGUGAAUUGGCCGACGAUGAUCCGCAAACAUCGUAUUUGAUCAGUGCAUGGGCGCGUAUGUGCAAGAUUUUGGGCAAGCAAUUCGAACAAUAUUUGCCAUUGGUAAUGGGACCGGUUAUGCGUACGGCUGCCUUGAAACCAAAUGUCACCAUGCUCGACAACGACGAAAUCGAAGAUAUUGAAAACGACGCCGAUUGGUCGUACAUCAAUUUGGGUGAACAACAAAACUUUGCCAUUCGAACGGCUGGAAUGGAUGACAAGGCUUGCGCUUGCGAAAUGCUUGUUUGCUAUGCACGCGAAUUGAAGGACGGUUUUGCUGAGUAUGCUGAAGAAGUAGUACGCUUGAUGGUGCCAAUGUUGAAAUUCUAUUUCCAUGAUGGAGUUCGUUCAGCGGCCGCUGAAUCCAUUCCGUAUCUCUUGGAUUGCGCCAAAAUCAAAGGACCUCAAUACUUGGAAGGAAUGUGGUUGUACAUAAGCCCAGAAUUGUUGAAAGCCAUCGACUCUGAACCAGAAACCGAUGUGCUUGCCGAAUUGCUCCACUCAUUGGCUCGAAGCAUCGAAACGCUUGGUCCAAACUGUUUGUCACCGGAUGCAAUGAACAGUGUGUUGAAGAUCAUUCAGAAAUUCAUGUCUGAACACUUUGAACGCGAAGAAAAACGAGCCAUAGCACGCACUGAAGAAGACUAUGACGAUGGCGUUGAGGAGCAAUUGGCCGAAGAAGAUGACAACGAUAUUUUAAUCUUAUCAAAAGUUGCCGAUAUCAUUCACGCUCUAUUCAAGACCUACACAACCAGUUUUCUACCAUUCUUUGAUCGAAUUGCACCAAGUUUUGUCAAAUUAUUGGAUCCAAACGGACCAUGGGCAGACAGACAAUGGGGAUUAUGCAUUUUUGACGAAGUUAUUGAGUUCUGUGGACCGCUUUGUGCACAAUAUCAACACGUUUUCUUACAACCACUCCUACAGUACACCAAAGAUAAGAGUCCCGAAGUUAGACAAGCUGCCACAUACGGAUGUGGUGUUUUAGCUCAGUUUGGUGGUGAUCAAUUUGCCGUCCCGUGUGCUCAAUGCGUUCCAACAUUGGUUGAAAUUGUCAAUGCACCACAAAGUCGUGAACCAGAAAACGUAAAUCCAACAGAGAAUGCCAUAUCGGCUAUCACGAAAAUCCUAAAAUAUAACAACACGGCCCUUACAAAUCUCGAUGAACUGAUCCAUUUGUGGUUCAAUUGGUUGCCAGUGACAGAAGAUGAAGAAGAAGCACCGCACGUGUAUGGAUAUCUAUGCGAUUUGAUUCAAGCCAAUCAUCCAAUUGUGUUAGGUGCAAACAAUUCAAAUUUGCCACGCAUUGUGGCUAUCAUAGCCGAGGCAUUGUAUCGUGAUGUGAUCGAACCAACGCACGAGGUUGGUCGCCGAAUGUUGCAAAUUGUCAAACAGAUUGAACUGAGUCCGGACGUGUUUCAAGCAUGUUUGAGUAGUUUGUCAGCUGAUCAAAAGAGUGCAUUGGAGGAUGCUUAUCGGGAAUUAGCAGCCGCAACUGUAACCGUAUGAACACAACAGCCAACACCAUCACCACCACCACCACCACUAAUACUUUGACAAUGGUUUUUGUUAAACUUAUUUUAGAAAGAAAUUCAUAUUUUUUUUUUAUUGCGAUUACGUAAUUUUACCGAAAUUCUUGAAAAAAAGCAUUGUGUGGCACUUGCAGGGUUCGAAUCAAUUAAUAUUUAUUUUCUAAUCAUCUACUCGGAAUGUACAAUAUCUAUUGAACUGAUUUGUUUUCUAGACUUGUCCUUUAUUUUCAUUCUUUUCUACAUAUUAGUGUCACACAUGCAACUAUUCUCUCCGCCGAGUUUGCUCAACGCAAGUGAUAUACCGACAUUUAUUUUUCAGAAACAAGAAAAAUAAGCCAAUAUCAUCUCCCCUCACUUCGAAUGGGAUUUGUUCGAAAGAAAAAUACAAAAUUAUGUUUAUUCACAUAUGUAUAUGUUUUAAAGACGGAAGAGAAGUUACGAUUGUUCUAGAGUCAGCACUCUAAAAAUUAUGAUUAUUUUCCAAUUGAUUCAUUAAUGUAACAAAAACCACAGCUAAAACAAAUCGAAAUUUAAAUGCAAAAUAAAAAGAUUUCUUGUUAUAUUAUAAA